AUGGGUAGGACAACUGGCUUCUCGAAACUAACUAUAGAACAGGUUACAGCGAUUUCUGCACUGGACACUUGCAGACAGUAUCAGGAGAAGACUAUGAGCAUAGGGAGUGGGGAGAAGGAGAAAGAGGAUCUGAAAACGGAAAAGGAGUCGCAAGAUACGUCGAAAACGAAAGGCUCGAUAACGCGAGUUCCUGGAGACUCUGGUGGUAUGGGAUUGGGGUGCAGUUGUUCCGUUGUCGAUGCAGACGUUCGAGCCGCUACUUUUCUCGACGUAGCCGUGCUUAGGUGCCUUUUUGUUCCUCAAUGGCAGGAGGAAGGUGUAUAUUGGGCUCUACAAUUUUUAUACCAUAGAUUACGCAUGAUUAACGAAGAAACAUCGGUGCAACAGAUGCCACGUCGACGUAGUAAUUCCUUACCCAUACCAAAAAUAGAGGUGUCGAUUUAUCAAAGUCCUGAAAGUAAGAAGAAAGACGUGUCGAAGGAUUUUAUGGAGGUGCCGGAAGUUCGAGACGUCUCCUUGUUAGCUGGCCAUGAUGGUGAUACCAGUCAUACGAGGCGAGCCAGCGAGAAGUCGAAGAAGAGAAUGAAAAUGGCUGACUUGAAAGCUUUCGUCGAGACGAAACUAUUAUCGAAGUCUGAAAAGGCGCUUGAGAAAAUUGGUCAAGACGAUUCGAAAAUGUUAUUCGAACAG